AAAUCCGCGCCAUCUAGUGCCGGGGCAGAGCGGCGCCGUGAGGGUCGGCGAGGCAGCGGCACCGAGGGACUCCGCGGCCCAGCGCCAGCACAAAACAGUAUGCAGAAAAUCACUGAACUGGAACCCUCUUUGACAUAUCGUCCCCUCAGAGACUCUCCAGGUCACUGUGCUGAAAAAACUGCUAAAGCAAAGUCGACAUCUCAAGAAUUUGCAGUAAACUCUAGUACCUCUGCUGAAAAAAACAGAGUGACACACAAAGCCCAGUCAGCAGAAUGGGAUUUUCAUGGUUUUACCAGCUCUGAGAGUUCUACCACUUCACCACUUAAAAGAAAAAAUGCUGAUGCUGAUAUGAGUGCCAUAAGUGAACACAAAAUCUGCACCAUGAAAAGUUCUGAAGAUCAGAAUGGAGGCCCUCAACCAGCAGGAAGCUCACCAGAGAAUUCCAAGUCAAACAACUACAGUGUUGCAAUUGCAAGAUGGCUUGAAGCUCACUGUUACAAAAACAAGGCUUCCGGGUUUUCUAAUGAAAACUUGUCUAACACACCCUGCAUGAAAAAAGGUUCAUGUGACAAGUGCCAAGUCGAUAUUAAAAAAACUCGUCAACCAGAAAACAAUGUGCGUGAUGGGAACUGUGAACAAAAGAAAAAUUCAGCAUCAAAGAUAACGAAGCUGAGUGAAAUUAUCAAGCCAAAUGACUGUCGGACAUAUUCUGGCCCUAUUCAGCGUCGCGUUGUAAACAUGAAGGAAGGCGGCAAAAGAACUAUUAUGAUUGUGAAAAAAGAGUCCCUCAAGAACUUACAAGCCAAGGGUCUUAUUCAACCAAUUCGAAAAUAUGUGCCUCAUCAACCAAGUGCUUCUCAAUCCUUACAAGAAACAAAUAACCAGUUUUCUUCAGAAAGUACAAAGCAUCUCGUUGGACAUACCUCUGAGAAUUUGAGUUCAAGAAAAGGAGAUGCAUUGGUCUGGAAGGAUUCAUCCAUUGUUUGUGAGGGCCAAGAGCCAAGCACAGAAUCUAGCAGUGAUCAGUGUGCCUACAGCAAUUCCUCAACUCAGACAUGUAACCUCCUCAAAACAAUUAAGGGUCUCCAAGCUCCUGUUACAGUGUCAUGUGCAGAUGUCAAUGGAUCUGAUUCACAGUCCAUUAAAUUUACUGUUCAGCUGCUUGGAGGAGGUAACAAAUCUUCAGGGACAAACCUCCCUCAGCAUCAAACAGCUUCCUCAAAUAGUGGUCCUCUCUUUACAGUUAGUCAGCCUAGAACACAAACCAGAGCUCUUGUAGAUUCUAAGCAGCCUUCAAGUAACUCCAUAACAUCUUCAAACUCUGAAGUAGAUCAUCUACAGAUAAGCCCAGAGGAGAACAGAUCAACUGGUGGCUGUUCUGUACUUGGUUCUGUGAGCUUAGAUGAAGAUAUGUCCUUUGAAAUCGCUCAAGAUAAGGGCACUGGUUUGCCUUCUAAAGAUAGCACUGAAGUUAACUGCUCUGAUAGCAGGACCAUAGGUAUAGAAGGAGAUACAGUGGGAGAUAAGCCUUCAAAAACAAGGCCCCAGAAGAGAGACAAUGUGCAGUGGAUUGCCAUGCCUUCAUCAGGAACUGCUGUUAAAGAAGAGCAGACAGAUUCUCAUAGUAAAAAGUUGCCUACCAUAGCUCUCACUUCUUCAGAGAAGCCUGGUGUUAUCUACAAAGCCAUUCCUGUUGAAUCACUACUUCAAACAGGUCAAAAGCUGCAUAUCACACCUUCAUACAAAUCUGCGAACAAAGAGCUGAAGGUUAAAUAUGCCCGCCUUCUGAAAAAGCAUAGAUACAGGUAUCAUAUGCUGCUUAAAAAAUACACAGCUCUUCAGCAAACAUGUGCUGAGCUGAGUGAGCCUGGGACACCUCAACAAUUUAUUAAAGAUGCUCAUAAAUUUUUAUCAAAAGAACAUGUUCUCUUUCUGGAAAGCCAAAUGUUUUUGAGAAACCGGGCUGGAUCAGGCAAUAGAUUCUCAAGAAACUUCAUGAAACUCAUGAUAGAAUAUUAUAAGCGGAGUCCAGCGGGCUACAGAUAUCUGAAGACAAUAUUUACGGUGCCAUCUGUACCAACUGUCCAGAAGUGGAUGAAUAGGUCAUUUGAGUUUGGAGAUUUAUAUGGCAAUGCACCUGAGGAUAAUAGCAAUGAAGCCGAUCCACCACCCAAAUCAAAGGUCAGUGAUACUUCUCAAAAUUCUAACUCUAAUCAAAAAAAGGUUUCAAAAAAGAAAACAGUAGAAAACAUGGAGUGUGAAGAGGGCUCAUCUGAUAGUGAUAACUCAGAGGACUGUAGCCUUAAAGUGACUGUAUCAUAGGAUGCACAGUGUUUCAAAUCAACAGUCACCCAGCAUGUUGAAAAAGAAGGAUGUGCCAGGUUGUAACAGUUUGAGGAAGGAUGAAACCUCCAGUGAGUGGGAAGUUGAACAUUAUCAACAAGCAAUAAUUUCAAGGGCUGACAGCCAUUUAUUGCACCAUGCCAGAAUGAUGUAAUAGUAAUGGCCUGUGCUAAUACUAAUAUUAAUGGCCAUUAUCUAUAUCCUCUCUAGUGAAUAUUCCUAACGUUACCAAUGCCAGAUGUUUACGUGAGUUUAUAUUCUUAAUGUCGUCAUAAUUUCAAAUAUUUAUGACCUGCAUAUGUUUCAUUAUCUACCGUUAAUAUUAUCAAUUCUAUAAAUCUAGAAUUAGAAGGGAAUAUAUCAUGAAGCCUGAAACAAUCAGUAAUAAAGAGUCAUAUAUUUAUUAUGUAUUACCUGAUUGUAUGUGUACCAAGAUAUUCUGUGGUCUAUAUUGGUGAAGGCUGGUAGAAUUUUGUAACCAAUUUAUACCAAUCAAUAAAUAUAUCUUUCUUAAGAAUUUUUCCACUGCUGUAGUGCAAACUGAAAUCCUCACUCUGUUUAUUCUGCUUUCCGGUUGUUGGUCUUUCGGUGAGGACUUGAACUUUAUUUCUUAUUAUGAUGUGGAUUUGUUAUUUUCUAGAUUGAAUUUUUUUACUACUUUUACUUCCUUAUUCCUUUUUCUGUUUCUUGGAGAUGACAUCGCUGUUAGCUGACAUGAUACAAAAUUACUGGUUCACCAAGAAAUUGGUCCUGGCAGACUGUAAGACAAACAUACCACUUGAAUGUUUACUACCAGCGUCAUAUUUGCUGCAGCACUAAAAAGGCCUUCCAUGAUGUGAUUUGAGUGUGAGUAGCAAUGCAGAAACAUAUGAUAAUAGUGUAGCCUUUCUAAGACAAAAAUAUAAAAAAAUGGAGACCGUUCUUAUGGCUAAUUGUGAUACUACUAUACACGCACACAUGUCAGUUGCAUACAGAUAGACAAAUGAACUGACAG